AUCCGACGAAGUUACCAAACACCAGCAAUGUUCACACGGGACUGUAAAAUUGCUUCGAAACUCCUUUAUUAUUGUCGUACAUUUUAGGGUUUUGAUUCGAACCUAAGCAAAGAAGGUUAGCUCUCUUCCUUCUAGGGCUUUGAUUCCAAUCAACCUGUAAUGUCGGAAUAAUUCCAGAAGCUCAGUUCAAAGUUUGACUAAAUCGAUUCCAAAAGUUCAAUUCAAGCUAGGGUUCAGCACAAUCAGCUUUCUCUGAAAAUCAAGAUGGGGCUUUGCUUUUCUAAGACUCGGAAUGAUGGCGAUGAUUCUGAUCAUAAUGACACGUUUGUUGGUGGCAAUGUGCAACUCAUCACGACCAAAGAAAGUUGGGAUGAAAAGCUGUCCGAAGCAAGGAAGGAUGGCAAGAUUGUGGUUGCAAAUUUCAGUGCAACAUGGUGUGGUCCUUGUAAAGUGAUUGCACCGUUCUACUGCGAGCUGUCUGAGAAAUACCCUUCUCUAAUGUACCUGACUGUUGAUGUUGACAAGCUAGCUGAAUUCAGUACAUCGUGGGAUAUCAAAGCCACACCAACCUUCUUCUUUCUUAGAGAUGGACAGCAAGUUGACAAACUAGUAGGAGCCAACAAACCAGAGCUACAAAAGAAGAUAAUUGCAAUUGCAGAUUCAGUGCCCCCAAUUUACAAAUAAACUGUUUGGUGGUUCCCUCUCUCAUUCGCUGAGUUUCCAGAGGAGCAAUCACUCUUCUUCUUGUGAUUCUUGUGGGAAUAGUCUAUAUUCAAUGUCUUGAAAUUGUAAAUUGUUGCCAAGUGUGUUGUUUUAUUGAGGAUUGCAGGAGACAAAAAAACCUUGGGUAUAUAUUGUUGGCACUCAAAUUUUGAGAAAAAUGGAGAUACUGAACUAUCAAAAUUGUUGCUGUUUGUGCUGUUAAUUCUUUUAAUGGGUUUGUUGUUUGA